AUACAAGAUGGUGGACAGGGUCAGUGCAUUGCCCGAUGACAUUCUUGUUAGUUUAGUGUCCCGCUUGCCGCUAAAGGAAGCAGUAGCUACCAGUGUCCUUUGUAGGCGAUGGCAGAACGUGGGACUGUCUACUAUGACCCUUAGGUUUGAUGCUGUUGACUUCUCAAUUGACAAUCAUUUACGCCACUACUUUCGCCAACCAAAAGAAUUUAAAGAGCAGGAGAGCUGGAAAUACAUCAGUUGGGUGAAUCAUGUGGUGCAACAGCACAGAGGCGAACAUAUAGAAGAAUUCAGGAUUAGCUUCUGCUUAGAUAGUCGCUUUUCAAGUUCCAUUAAUGAAUGGAUUCAAUUUGCAAUGCAAAACAGUGUUGAAAUGCUUGAAUUGGAUUUUUAUCCACAAGUUUUUAUUAGAUUUGAAGAUUAUACAUUUCCCCACAAACUUUUGGGUUUCAAGUCCCUCAAAGUUCUUCAGAUCCGACAUGUUGGUGUGACUGGAGAAAUUCUCGAGUAUUUCCUGGCCAACUGCCCAUUACUCGAGAGGUUAUCAGUGGAUUCCACAGAACAUUUGGUUAAUUUAAGAGUUGUUGGCUCGUCAAUUGCGUUGAAGUAUUUGGUGAUACGAGAUUGUGAUAACCUGGAAAGCAUUGAAAUCAGAGACGUAAACAUCGUUUCAUUUAUUUACUGUGGAUAUCAUUCAACAAACCUGCUUAUCAGUAACGUACCAUUGCUUUCUGAGGUAACCGUUUCUAAGGAGUAUUGUCAAAAGGAUUUUGUAAGGGUUGUCUUCACCCAACUUUCCUGCUGUCUUUCCAACAUAGUGAUUCUGAAGCUGCAUAUCCAGGGAGCGGCCUACAAUGAGCAUCCUGCAUUGCCUCUAUUAGCCAAUCUGAAGCAUUUGGAAUUACUAGUUGCAGCAAAUUAUUAUAGGGCACUUCAUCAUUUAAAUAACUUCCUGAAGGCAUCUCCUUACUUGCAGAGACUCGUAUUGAAGUUGCAGCUGUAUCUGGGGGGUCCAGCAUGCAUGGAACUUGGAGAAAUUGAGAAAGCAGCUGAUUGCCCCCAUAAUCACCUCAAGGUAGUAGAAAUAGUUGGCUAUCGAGCUCAUACAUCUGGUGUUGAACAUGUCAUGCACUUAAUAAAGAAUGCCCUUGCACUGGAGAAAAUUGUGAUUGAUCCUGUACGGACAUGGCAAUAUCCUCAUGGAGUUGAUAGGCCAGAUACAGACCUCGAUAAAGAAGUCAAGGCUAGAGACCAUGCUAAGCAAUACCUUGAAGCAAAAAUCCCUUCAACUGUAGAAUUUGUGUGCCUGUAGUUUGUCCAUGUGGUCUAGAAUUGGCUUUGUAUGUAUGAUGAAUAAUCAGACAUGUCAUGUCCUUAAAUAAGAUGAGUUGUUUUGGCGAAGAAAAUUCAUUGCUCAUCUUGUUCUGCACUGGUGUUUUUAUUCAUUUUACCACUUGCUGUUUUUACACCACAUGAUCUGAGUCCUUUUAGCAAUAAAAUUGUUGCACA